AUGCAAGUCCUCACAGUAACUACUUCACUGGCUUCAUUCCUGCUUCACUGGGAAACAUUUCAGGUUUGGAAAAACUAUGGCGAUCAGGAAGGUCUUCAACUUAGUUUUUUUGCCGUACUUACAAACUGCAGAUUCUUGAAGAGACUAAUUCUGGAGUUCAAUCCAUUGAAUGGUAUCCUACCACAUGUCAUUGGCAACCUUUCAAGUUCCCUUCAAACGUUCGUUGCAAAUGGAUACCAGAUAAAGGGCUCCAUUCCCAGUGGAAUAGGUUCCUUGAGAAAUCUAAACCUAUUGGCAUUAAGCAACAACAAUAUCACCGGAACUAUCCCAUCAACAAUUGGAGGAUUAGAGAACCUGCAAAGAUUAUAUCUUGAAGGCAACGAAAUUGAAGGAUUCAUUCCCAUUGAGCUCUGUCAUUUGCAGAACUUGAGAGAAAUCUCACUCCAAAGCAAUAUACUCUCUGGAUCAAUCCCAAACUGCAUAGGAAAUCUUAAUCAUCUGCAGAAGCUAUAUUUAAGCUCCAACACUUUGACAUCUCCUAUACCGGUAAGUUUAUGGAACCUUGAAAAUCUCUUGUUCAUGAAUUUGUCUCUCAAUUCAUUAGGUGGACAACUACCUUUAGAUGUGAGAAUGUCAAAUGUCAUGGAAAGCAUGGAUAUAUCUUGGAAUCAGAUCUCUGGUGAUAUUCCAAGCAUUAUUGGCACAUUUAAAAGUCUAAGUUCACUGAAUCUCUCAGGGAUUUCAUUCCAACGACCCAUUCCUCAAUCCUUUGGUGAUUUAGUAAGUUUGGAAGGCAUGGAUCCCUCCCAUAAUAAUUUGUCUAGUACAAUUCCAAAAUCUCUCGAGGCACUUUCACACCUAAAAUACUUGAAAUUUUCUUUCAAUAAGUUAUCAGGGGAGAUUCCUAGCAGAAGGGCCUUUGCAAACUUUACAACGACAUCUUUUAUUGAAAAUGAAGCACUUUGUAUACUAGCGGACGGGGAAAUUGUUGCUGUAAAAGUUCUAAAUUUACACAUUGUGGGAGCUUUCAAAAGUUUUGAUGUAGAAUGUAAGGUGUUGCGAACUGUUCGGCAUAGGAAUCUUGUCAAAGUCAUCAAAGUUGCGUUAGCCUUGGAAUACCUGUACCAUGGUCAGUCAGAGCCUGUUGUCCACUAUGAUUUGAAGCCCAGUAAUGUCCUCUUAGAUGAUGAAAUGGUGGCACAUGUGGGUGACUUUGGCAUUACAAAGAUUUUAGUUGAAAACUAUACUUCUACAAAUACCAAGACUUUAGGCACCCUCGUCUACAUCGCACCAGAGACAUUUACGAGAAAGAAACCAACUGAUGAGAUGUUUAGUGGAGAACUGAGUUUGGGGCAAUGGGUGAAUGCAUCACUUCCCGGCGAAGUAAUGAAAGUUGUGGAUGUCAAUUUAUCAGGGGCUGACAGUGGAGGAGGAGACGUUGAAGCCAGAGAAAGUCAUCUUUUGUUUAUCAUGAAAUUGGGCUUGGAGCGUUCUGAAGAAUUGCCAGAUAAGAGGAUUGAUAUCAAAGAUGUGGUGGUUAAGUGCAAAAAAACCCCUAUAGUUUCAAAAAUGUGUAAAUAA